AUGAAGUUUUCUUUCGCUGUUGUCACCGCCGCCAUGGCGUUCGUCCCCGAUAUUGCUGCUGAGUCGACUUCGUCCGAGCCGUCUCAUGGACCAUCGUUCAUUCGUUCUGAGGUUUCGUCUGUUCCCACUCUCGCUCCAUCGCAAGAACCGUCGUUCGUUCUGUCGGAGGUUGUGCCUUUCGAAAGGAUUCUAUCCAUCGAACACACCCUAAUCGUCGUUGGCGUAGCCUUUGUAUUCAUAUUAUAUGCAUUCGCUGUAGCCUUUCGUAGCCUGCCAGCAAUAGAAUCGUUUGUUUUCGGUGUUAAAGACUUGGCAUCGAACUCUGACAUUGACGAGGAGGCAGAAAAAACUGAGAUAGAAAACCACCGCUCGUUGUGUUGCUGUCGAUUGGGCACUCAAGAAGUUCAGCCAGAGAACGACGAGGACUCAGAUAUCGAACUUGGUGUCGUUCAAAUCGUUUCAUCUAGCAGUAGCGCCGAAGAAAACGUAGGCGAAGACGUAGAAUACACCGUCUAA